GAAACGUGCACCAACACUGUGUCAAUAGCCGAUAGAGGGUGCACAGUCCAACAGCUGAAUCAUGAAUAGGCUGCUUUAUUCUCUAAUGAUGGGCGGUACCGGCUAGUUGGUAGUUGCGUAAAAAAGAAUCAAAGAGAAGCAGCGCAAGAUAUAAUGGAUCCCAACACUGAAGACGCAGAGAGCCAAAAUGUUGAGGAUCGCUUCCAUCAUGAUGCAGCACAGUACAAAGUGAGCUAUCCUAAAGGGAGAAACACAAAACAGGUGGAUGAUGCCGCAAAUGAAGAGUGCAACAAAAAGAGAUACCCGGUUAGCCGCUCUGGGAACAACCCAGGCAGAGUGAAGCGGGUAGUGUCAUGUAAAAGGAAGACUCAUCAUCUGACUGUGGCUCGGAGAAAGCAGCUUGGGUCUGGGAGAACUUGUGAUGCUGCAAACAAGGAAAAUGAGACAAAAGUCUCGCAGGGCACACAGCAGGAUAUUUUCAGUAUGGACCCCUGGGAUUUCCCAUUUCAUGUCAAUAAUAUCAAUAACAACCAAGGAACUGAUAGAACUGGUUCUGAAGAGGCUGACUACUCUGUACUGACUGAGCUCACGAGGGAUCACAACACACUGACUGACGUGCUUUUUGGAAGAAAUCUAAGACUCAAAGUGGCUUUAACGUUGUGGCAGAGAAAUGUUGGAGAGCUGCUGACAUACUUUCUGAGAAUCCAAGACACUGGUGUGUUUGUUGACUUUCUCCCCCUCAUAAGCAAAUGCAUCCAUGAGGAUUCUUCAAAGAUAACCAUCGGCUGUUGUGUCGACCUCUUUCCUUUAGUUAGCAAAGUCCUCAGCAGUCCGUAUGAAGAGCAUCUUACUGUUGGCCUAAAGUGGGUAAAUUCAGUUUUAAAAAACUGGUGGGAGGAUCUAAAAGCGAGUGGCUUCAGUGGCUCAACAAACCCUCUGCUGGAUGAAAACUUUCAAGUUUUUAAUCAGCAGUUAUGGGAAUUGUGGCAGCAGGAACCUUUUUUGAAGUCUGUUCCAGGACCUGCAGGAGACAUGGCAAAGGUCAUCGAUUCCUUCCUGUCUAAACUCACAUGACAGCAGUGAAGAUCCUGAACGCACCGUUCUCCGUUAACAGUUCAAUUCAAUUUUAUUCGCCUCAAGGCGCUUGAACAGUCUCCUUAGUUUUUAAAGUGUUAUUCAUAGCUGCUGACGUUUGCACUGACUGGCUCUUAGUGUGGGCUGGAUGUAUUUGCAGAGCAGCUUAAGCAACUAAAGAAUUGAGCAAUGUGUACAACAACAGUGGUGUGACAAGGCUGAUUUAAUUUCUCUCCGAAGUAGCAAAGUAGUAUUUUGUAAAUAAUUAUCCACAACUCAGAUAUUUUGAUGACUGUAAGAUUUUUGUCCUUUUAACUGCCUAAUUAAUGAUUAAUACUUUUUGUAAUUUGUGUUGAUAUUAUAAUAAUAUGUUACAAAAACACUAAAACGAAGGGAUGCCACUAAUAUUUCUGUUUUAUGGCUGCAAAAACAACAAUUGCAUCUUCUGUAAAACUGUAUAUGACUGUCUUUACCUUAAGUUGAACUACUGUUGAACUGAGUUGUCAGAUUAAAAGCAA